AUGAUCACGUCGACCCCCCUCGAGGGCCGAAUGCAGGCCGGAGCGCUGUCGCGCGCCGCCCGCGCGCAACGUAUCCAACACCCUGCAUCUGCCCCGCGCGUCGCCGGCACGCAGCGCGAGCGCGCCCGGACCACGCACCAGGUGGCUGCUGCGGGGCGCGACAGCGGCGAUGCGGCCCCCAGCUUCGCGAAGGUCGCCAUGUCGACUGCUGCUGCGGCUGCUGUGGCGUUGAGCUCGUUCUCCGCGGCCAUGCCCGCAUUCGCGGCCGCCACCGCCGCGUCGGACCCCAUCAAGGAGCUCGAGCUCAUCAUCCGCUCGCGCGACGGCAACGUGCCCACGCUCGACGGCUUCAGCCCGGCCCGCCUCACGGAGGAGGCCGAGAAGCUCCGCCGCCGUGCCAGCACGAGCGAGAGCGCCGAGCUGCGCCGCGCCCUCGCCGAGCGCGCCAACGAGAUCGAGCGCCUCCAGAAGGAGCUCGAGAAGGUCCCCAAGGGCCGCGAGAUUGGAACGGAGGCUGUACGCGUCAUUGAGAAGGUGGUGGAGGUGCCCGUGGAGAUCCGCGUGCCCGCCGAGCCGGUGGAGGGCGAGGAGUCCGCGGGCGGGGCGCUGGGCCUGGCGAACGGCCUGGGCGUCGUCGCGGCGGGUGGCGCGCUGGGGCUGUGGCAGCUGACGCGGAAGAAGGCGGACGAGGACCUGGAGAAGGCCGAAGGCGAGAUCAAGGUGACGCAGGAGCGCGUGCGCGCGCUGGAGUCGAACGUCGCGGCGGUGACGGAGAGCCUGGAGAAGGAGCGCCAGGUCGCCGAGGGUCUCCGGGGGGAGUCCAAGAAGGUCCGCGAGGAGGCGGCCGCGAAGAUCGAGGCGCUGGAGGAGGAGAAGCGCGCGGCGCAGCGCCAGGUCGAGCUCACGCGCGAGCUCCUGGUGGCCGAGGAGCAGUCGGUGGAGGUCAUGCGGCGCGAGGCGGCCUACCUCGAGUCGCAGUGGGACACCGAGAAGGCCGCGCGGGAGGCCAAGGAGGCCGAGGCCGAGGAGCUCACCGAGGAGCUGGAUGAGACGCGCGAGGCGAUGGAGCGCGAGCGCAAGGUGGCGGAGCAGGUCGGGCGCGACGCGGCGGCCUUCAAGGCGGCGCUGGAGGAGCUGCAGGCGAGCAAGGGCGAGGUCCUGCUGGAGAAGCACAAGAUCGAGGGCGAGCUCGCGGAGACGAAGAUGGACCUCGCGGACUCGCAGGCCGAGCAGGACGCGCUGCGCAGCGCGCUCGACGAGGCGCAGCGCGACGCCGACCUGCAGCAGGCGCUCGUGGAGAAGAUGGGCAAGGAGAGCAUGGGCAUGAAGGAGGAGCUCAAGAAGAUGCGCGAGCAGAACGCGGAGUACCUGCUCAAGGCGGAGGCUGCGUACAAGGAGCUGCUCGACGAGCGCAACAGCGUGGACGCCGAGCUCAAGGAGGCGAACGAGGAGCUGGCGGCCGCGCGGAAGCUCGCGGAGGAGCUGGACGCGCAGCUGCAGGAGAGCAACGCGGCGCUGGAGGCCUCGCGCGGCGACGUGGCGCGCCUGGAGGGCGAGCUGGCGGCGUCGCAGGCCGAGGCCAACCAGCUGCGCGCGGAGAUCGAGGCGCUCAAGGGCGAGCUCGCGGAGGUCGAGUCCGCCAUCGCCGAGGAGAAGGACGCCGCUGCGGAGCUCCGGAACGACCUCGCGGAGACGCGCCAGCGCAUUGCCGAGAUGGACUCGCAGCUGCAGAGCGGGCAGGAGCGCGAGGACGAGUACGCGGAGCAGGUGGCCGCGCUCAAGGAGCAGGUCGAGCGCCUGAACGACGACCUCGAGGGCACGCAGGACGCCGGGCGCGCGCUCGAGAUUGCGCGGCAGCAGCUGCAGCGCGGCCUGGACGCCAAGGCCCAGCACGCCGAGCGCGUCAAGGAGCGCAUGGAGCAGGAGCGCGAGAGGCUGGAGUCGGAGCUCAAGGAGGCCAAGGCGGAGCUGAUGAGCCUGAGCAAGGCGGUGGAGCAGGAGCGCAAGGCGAAGCAGAGCGCGGUGACGGCGUCGGAGCAGAUGCAGAACGACAUUGCCGAGGCCGAGCGCGAGGUGGCGCUGACGCAGAAGGAGCUCAAGGAGGCCCGCGAGGAGGCCGAGCGCCUGCGCAAGGCCAUGGCCAACGCCAACGCCCAGGCCAACGCGGCGGCCAAGGGCGCCGCCACCAAGGACACGGCGACCAAGAGCGGCGCGGGCAAGAACGGCGCCCCCGCCGCGCAGAACGGCGCCUCCGCCGCGCCCAAGAACGGCGCCCCCGUCGCGCAGAACGGCGCCUCCGCCGCGUCCAAGAACGGCGCGGCGGCCAAGCCCGUCGCCGCGAAGGCCGGCAGCGAGAAGAACGGCAGCGGCGGCAACGGUGCGGCUGCGGCCAAGGAGGAGGCGGCGACGGCGCAGGCGCAGGCGCAGUACGCGGACGAGACGAAGGAGGCGCUGGAGCGGCUGCAGGCGCACGUGAAGCGGCUGAACGCGCGCAGCGAGGCUGCCAAGGACAAGGCGACGGCGGCCAAGGCCAAGGGCAAGGCCGUGGCGGAGGUGGGCAAGGCCGCCAAGGCCGCCAAGGUGGUGCCCAAGGGGUCGCGCGGCGGCGGGCAGGGGUUCGGGGCGGCGGCCAAGGGCGCGAUGAAGGUGUCGAACGGCGCUGGGCAGGAGCUGGCGUCGGCAGGCCCGUCCAAGAGCAAGUGA